GCCCGAUGGACUGCGGUGCCAGUGUCCCUCUCGCGCGCAGCUGCGCGUGUGUCUGCCAAUGUGUUCGUCUCCCUUUUUGCUAUUUCUAAAUAUAUACCUUGGCUGAGAUAGGAACACAGUGGUCGUAGUAGUCUUCAGUCCUCGGUCCUCGCUACUCCUACUUGCACACGCAUCUCCAUCUCCGUUCACCUUUUGUCUCUGCGAUUGUCUGCCCUUGAACUUCGCGUGUUGCUCCCAAUCCUUGCUUGAGUCCUAGCCCUUCACGACCGCAGGCACGCGUGCGAAUAGAGAACUCGAACACACCAAGCCACCAUGUCCUACUCGACACACCUACAGAGCAAGUUCGCCCACAAAGUGGGCGAGCCAGUGCCUGAAUUCAACACCGAACAUCCAGCACACCCAGCGAUAGUCCACUUCCCCAUCGCCUUCAACAUGCUCUCAUGGGCUCUCGACAUCCUCUACGCCUUGACAGCCGUGUAUAUCAAGCCCGGGUUCCUGACCUCGCGCUUCGCCGAGCCCGCGACGCUCCUCGACCUGAACCGCCUCUCGUAUUUCUUGCUCUGCGCAGGCCUGAUCAGCACCGUGCCGGCCAUCAUGUCAGGCAACAUCCAGCUGGUGGGCAUGAUCAAGAAGAACGGUGGGCCCUGGGAGAAAGAUGCUCAGGGAAAACAAAAGGACACCAUGGUGCCGCGGAUCAAGGCCGCCAUCACUCAUGCUCUCAUCAACGAUUUUGUGUUCGUUGCAAACUUGUACAGUUGGUAUAUUCGCAAGAAUAACGGCACUGUGGGAAGAGUGCCCAGCCAGACCAAUUUGCUUAUCAGUGUGGUGCUGUUGCCCUUGUUGAUUGUGUCGGCCAAGAUUGGUGGUACCCUCGUGUUUAACCAUGGUGUGGGCUUGAACUUGGGCAGGAAAAAGUGGGAGUAAAAUUGGUGUCUACAGACCGGCGCUUAUUGAAACCUACCUACACUAUUAUGCGAGGUCAAUUGGAGAUUUCUAGGGGAAAGUUGUCCUGGGACUCGAGCGAGAGGUUUUGGGUUCGAACCAGGUGUCUCUCUGCUCAGACAGAUACAGGCUGGGAUGAGCAGGUUCUGUACGAAGCUGCAGGGCAUGAGCCUAGUUGGUCAUGCCGCCAAUUUUGGAGAAGGAGCAGGUAUUACUAGAACAUUGAACUUUGGCGCACUGCGUUGAACAUAUUGAAUGGCCGGGCAUAAUAAUAAAAAAAGUAUAAUUCUGGGAGAAUUCAAUAUGACACAGCUACGAGUAUCCCAAAUUCUUGUCAUCACAA